UUUGGGUGUGAAUUCCGUUCUCUUCCCAUGCAGCAACAUUCCUAUGAAUCCUGCAAACCCCUGGCCUCCUGGAUUGAUGACCUGGCUGAGCGGGUGAAUUUCUUCAGGACCUGGUCAAGGCAAUUUACUGCAACUGCUCAGAAAAGGAUCUCCUCUGGGAAAACUCUGAAAUUACCCUCGAAAAAGGCGAGUGAGCUUCAGGAGAUCGACCGCCCAGAACCGUAUUCCUUCUGGCUAUCUGCAUUCUUCUUCCCACAAGGACUCCUGACAGCUCUGUUACAGAAGCACGCUCGCAAAAACAGCCUCUCCGUGGAUAAUGUCACCUUCGAGUUCCACGUCCAGCCUUUCACCAAGCUAACCACAGAGUUCUUCAGCGUCCGCAAACACAAAUCCAACAUCUGGCUGCAAGCCUUCAAGCACCCUGACCCUGACCCUGACCCUGACCCUGAGCGUGCCCGUACCCACGACCCUGCGCCCCCUGACAGUGGGGCUUUCCUUUUGGGCCUGUAUUUGGAUGGCGCCUGCUGGGACCAUGGGAACCAGGUGCUGCAGGAUUCCAGUGUGGGUCAGCGAUAUUCGGAAAUGCCGGAGAUUCUCUUCCUCCCCGUCCAGCUUCUUUUAUCAGCUGUUGGGACCAAACCGAGUUUAUCGAUAAGGCAGCUUAGCACCAACAGCUUCGAGUACACCUGCCAGUCCGAGGGCUGGUUCCCCGAGCCUGACGUCGUCUGGAAGGACAGCGAUGGGAGGAACCUGCUACCUCAGUCAACAGUGGCCAGGGGCAGAGGCAAGCAGCAGCUGUACGAUGUGAAGGUCCAGUAUCAGGCAACUGGAGACAUUCCAUCAGCUGUGACCUGCAUCAUCCACAACUCUCUCAACAAUGUCAAAGAGGUGGCGACUGGGCGUGUGAAUGACUUUCUUCCUCGGGCUCAGUUCCGUGUUAGUGAGGCAGAAUGGAGUAGGAUUCAGAGUUAUGCAGUCCCUCUGACACUGGACCCGGACACAGCGAAUCCCUGGCUGGUCCUGACGGAGUCAGGGACCAGCGUCCAGGAUGGUGAAGCUCGCCAGGCAGGGGUCCUCGAUAACCCCGAGAGGUUCCAGGUCAGCCACUGCGUCCUGGCCUCACGGGGCUUCUCCUCCGGCCAGCACUACUGGGAGGUGGAGGUAGGCCGCAAGGAGGCCUGGGACCUGGGCCUAGCCACCCAGUCGGUCAACAGGAAGGCCAAGGUGAGAGGGGUACCCAACGCUGGGCACUGGAGCCUGUCCCGCCUGGGCAGGACAGAGUACCAGGCGGUGGAUUGGUCUCCCCCACCCCAGCCAGUGGAGCUGGGCCCGGAACUUACGGUUGUGGGAGUCUACCUGCGGUAUGGUCAGGGGCGCCUGUCCUUCUUCGACGCAGAGAGGCGCCUGCACCUCCACACCUUUGUGGCCAACUUUUCAGAGAGGGUGUACCCCUUCUUCUGCCCGGGACCAUACGACUGGCAGACGAACGCAGAGCCCCUCCACCUCCCCUACCCAACCCCUCGGGAACGGCCGGGGGAGAGUCUGGACAUGCACCUGUUCGGGGAGUAGACUUUGAAGGGGGCAUCCCGAUGGAGCCGCACGCGUCCUGAACCGCGGCCCGCCAUUUCUGGUCAGACGAUCGAUGGCCGAGGUGGAAACAGUGUAACGGAGAAACUCAGCGUGUGCAUCUGGCUCUGCAGAGAGAGACGUUGCGAUUCCAGUGACCUGGCUUCUGAAACGCCCACUCGUGACCUGAUGCAUUUGGCAGCCACUGGAGCCCCUUUUAAAUGGUAACCCCGUUGUAAUUUGGGAAACUCCAAUGGACAUUUUGGGCACAGCAAGCUCCCACAAAUAGCAUCAUGAUAUUUGGAGGUCCAGUACAUCUCAGACCCAGGUGUUCACCUGUCUGAUUCCUGUACCUGACACCCAUUUGGUCCCUGUACGUCAGUCCCAGGCAUACACCAUUCUGAAGAAACAUCACUGGACUUGAAAACUCUGUUCUCUCUACAUAUGUCUGCCAGACCUGCUGAGUUUCUCCAGCAAUCUGUUUCUGAUCCCCAGUACUUUGUAUCACAUUCUUGGUGCAGAGUUGUCAAGGGGCUGAUUGCUAGACUUUAUCUUUACAACUGAGGUUUUGUAAAAUCAUUUUUGGCUUGGCGCUGUGAGCUGAAGAUAACCUUAGUACUGUGGUCAGCAGCUUGUGAAUAGAAAAGGAAUGAACAGGCCUGUUGUUUCUUGCAGGUCAAUUCUCAUUAAGAAGUGCUCUGUAGAUGUUUUGAUCGUGCAGUGGCAGUGUGCUUAAAUAGAUAGCAGAGAUGGUUGCCCAUUGGUGAGACCAGUGCCUAGAAAUUGGUCCUCACAAGUCUGGAAGAGACUCAGUUCUCACGUGAAUGGUAACUAGGAAACCACAGAGGAAUCUUCCAGGGAGGUGCUAGAGUUUUAGACGGUGUUUUCUAACAGUCUGGCUGAUAUUACACCAUGAAGGCUUGGAAGUUCCCUGCCUGACCUUCCAUUAUCAAUUAUUGUAAAACCAUGGACCAGAAACUCAUACAUAAAAGCGACUUCCUCAAAGUUUCAAA